AAGAGCACGUGUUCAUGACGUGUGCUGUCAAAUUCAUUCAAGCGUGACACAUACGCUGUCCUAAUAAAGCAUAAUAAGCUCCGCUGACAACCAAUCAGAUUCGAGAAUCGUUUUUUAAGUUUGAAUAAGUGUUAAAGGAUAACAGAACCAAUGUGGCAGCCUCGAAGAAAAGCCCUUCAUAUUCUCACGAGAUGGUCAGGAUUGUCCCUAGCAAGUUAGCCUACGUGUAGCCGUACCCAUCGGCUACACGUAGGCUAUAGCAAGUAGAUUUACCGCUCAGAGUCUUUCAUCGGUAGCUGUCAGGAAUCUUCGAAGUAGGUUUGACCUCCACGAACAAAGUUAUCCAAGAAUGCACUCUGUCUAGACCUAAUAAAUGAAAAUACAGUUAUUUUUGAUCUCUUACCAGUCUUACGACCUCAGUUUUAAAGAGCAGGGAAUGGGGAAAUAAAACUCACAAUCACUUUUAGUUAGUGGAGCCAUCUUCUAUUUGCCAGGUAAUAAUCACGAUGGAUAUAACAUCUGCCUCAUCCUCGAGCCGCGAGGCUGCAAGGAGAUCAUCCUCCAACGUUUCCCAUCCGUCAACUGGGGCGAGCCAGGUAGUCUUGCCAAUGGAUGGUUCGACAAGCCGCUCUCAAGAAAUCACCGCUGCUACUGUUCCUAGUGUCCAAAGUAGCCUUGCUGACCCUAGUUUUCAGCCAUCUGCACUGGUAUUUCGUUCUGGGAUUGCUUUCGACUACGACAAUUUUCCGCGAAUUCUUUCAGUAUGCUGGCCAGUGUUCAACAUCGAGAGUGGCAUGUCGCUGAUAGCACGAGAUGCCCCCGAGCGAAGCUCAACACAGGUACCAACAAAUGAAACAACAACUUUCAAUAAUGAUGUACCGCUCUCGAGUGCGCCGGUCUUUAUGUGGGGUCCACCUCAUAGCAUGCCUGUAGUUAAGGACCCUGUGAUGAGCACAUCAGAGAAAAAGGCACCUAUAGGGACAUCAAUACGUGACUCCUGCGAGAUACAGACCAAAACGAUCAUCAGUAACACAGAUGAAUGCGUGAAAACCACAUCUGAACGGCAAGAAAAAGCGACCACGGUUCCCCAUGUGAGCCAAAAACAUGAAGGGUCUUAUUAUGAACCAGCUGAGUCAACUACAUUAAAGAAAGUGGAAAUCAGUGGGGAAAAACAUUUGCAAGAAAGCUCAUUUGACGAAAUUCAGGUUAAUGCCAAUAGAAAACGUUCUGCUAGCGAAGAAGCGACGAUCAGCAAAGUUGUCGGGCAGAAACGCACAAGGAAACCACUGCAGGCGACGCUUUGUUUGUCUGCUGAUAACAAGCAGAGAGGUUUUAAAACACAGGAAAUGCUUGGUCCUGCAAAUUGUGAGAGCGAAAAAUCUGACCAUGAAUGCCACUGUAUUCAGCCAAAGGAACGAUCUGAUGCGAAAGACUGUGAACAUGAUACUGUGACAUCACCAAAAGAAAGUAAAAUUGUGUCGAGUUCCGCAGAAACUAAGACGGUAGAGGAAGAUAGCUCGGAUUGUAAAGUCACGGCAGAAGUCUCACCUCAGCAUGCGAGUUCCAACUUGUGCGCCGUAGAGAAUGCUCGUAUUGUAAAAGAAGACAACGUCAUUUCGGAGGCCAAUAAAACUGAUCACUCGGAAAAAUCAUACGCGUUUUGCAGUUCUCCUCCUCGCCAGAGCGAUAGCGAUAGUAAUCAUUCUGCAGUAAACUUACAGCAGUGCAGUCGUUUGGAAAAAGAGCAUACGCAAGAGAAUGUACGGGAUCUUAUCGCCAGAAUCAAGUACAUCAAGAGUCGACUUGAUCGGGCAGAAUCUGACUACAGGAAGAAACGCAUGUUGAAGGCGAUUAUUAGUUUACAGAAACGAGUCAAAGCUCUCUUCAAAGGCAUGAAAAAAGAAAAGGUGGACCCUGCUAAAGAACAACAAGAGACGAGCAGCUAUAAUGAAGAACUUCGGGGUCAGGAAUUACCGGAUACAAAUAGAACUGGUCGGAAGCUUCCAACCAAUCACGUGAUCACGGAUCAAGGUGAUGUUUCGCUUCUACUUAAUGUUAAACAAGCAUCGAAGGAUUCUUCGAAGGGCAAUACAGGAAGAGAAACCCAGCAGAGCUGUAAAGAGCUAACCAUUGUCUCACCGCCUGUCAUCGUUGUCAGUCAUGAUGAUGUUACAAGCAGUGAGACGAAGACAGAGGAUGAGGUAAAAUUGACAACUUUCUGCCAUUCUAAAGAUGGUGAUAUAAACUGUAACAAUAACAACAACUAUAACAACAACAACAAAUACAGAAGAGAGGACCGUGGUAGCCUGUCUUUGAUAUCUUCUAACGGAUCCGUGGAUGAGAUUUCACUUAGGCUUCCGUUCGGAAUCGGGUUGGAUUGUUCACCUUGCGGAAAAAGAGCUGCCUCGUUCUCUGAAUUUGAUGAAAAUGAAUUUCCAAAAGAUCAAAGCUUCAAAGCUAAGAAAAUGAAAAGGUUAUCUUUAUCAGACGAGGACGUAAAGAAGAUCGACCCAAGAUUCCAGGAUGUCAUGAGCCAUAUUCAAAGUGUCACGCAAGAAGGCGCUCUAGAUGGCUCAGAAUUAAAUGAAAUGAACGAAGGUACGAAUGAGUUAAACUUAGAAUCUGACGCAGCAAAUACGUCACGGAACAAUGAGUGUGACUCACUAAUCAGAAAGGAAUUUAGUUUGAGUGACACAGAUUGUGUCACGGUAUUCAACAGUACGGAUGCAGCACAAGGGAUCAGUGCAGUGGACAAAAGGAGGGUACCACUGGGGGGUAACUAAGGGCUGACGAUCAAGUCUUCUUUUAUUUCUAUUUGGCUCGACCGUGGUAUUUCUUAUCGAUUGUACUGAGGCAUUGUGCACGAAAAAUAUUAUGGCUGACACAAUAGUCCAUGGAAAUAAAAUUAUGGCUGAGGCAAUGUCCAUGUUUAAAUUCUCUUCCUAACAUUUAGGGUAUUAGUGAUCACUAUAUAUAAACAACAAAAACGAAAAAGAUGACUGAGGCAAGCGCCUCGAUUUGCCUGUGUGUAUAUAGUAGCUAUGGCCUGAGAUAUUUUUCUGAGAGGUUAGGAGGUAACGAAGGUGUAUCUGAAUUCCUCUUCAAAGCGCUUGAAUGGGUGACCGUCAGAGUUGUAGCCAAAGCCCCUGAGGGAGAUAAGUAAAUCAUCAAUAUUUGAUCAUUAUCCAACUGCAGCGAAUACCGUCCAAAUAGCAGU